AUGUUCGAAGAGACGCUGGCAAAAUCCCCCAGUGGCCGUGUCGAUAUUGUUGUCGCCAAUGCUGGAAUUAGCGGGCAAGAUCCAGUGUUUGUGGAUGACUCCUCCGCAUCGACACCGCAGAAGCCAAAUCUCAAGAUAUUGGACAUCAACCUAAUUGGCGUCUUCUACACCAUCAAGUUGGCUCUCUUUUACUUCCGCAAGCAGUUCAACGCGGCUGUCUCGGCAGGGAAUGAAGGCCCGGACUCGAGCCUUGUUCUGCAGGGCAGUCUUGCCGGCUACGUUGACCAACCCGGUUCACCACAGUACAAUGCUUCCAAAUUCGGGCUUCGGGGCACUAUGAGGUGCUUGAGAAGGACAUCGUUGCAACACGGCACCAGGGUCAACUAUAUCGCGCCAUGGUACAUCAAAACCGACAUUAUCAGCGAUGCUGUCGCCGAACGCAUUACCUCGAAAGGAGCCGUUUUCGCCUCGAUCGACGACGCGGGCGAAGCCCUCGUGAGGAUCGCCUCCGACACAAGUGUGCAGGGUCGAUCAUUGGCGAUUGUCCCUCGCAUCUGGGCCCCCCUCGGAUACUUGGAUGUGGAUCAUGACGACUACAAGGAUGGAGACUUCCUCAAAGGAUGGCAAGAAAUAGUCCUGAGAACCAGCCACCGCCUGACAGGGCCAUCUGUCAUCAACUGA